CGCCUUUGCGCCUUCCCAUCCCCAAAAUGUGGAGCAUCUCCACCUGAGAUGUAGCGACCCCAUGCUGGCGCCCAUGCUCCACGCCAAGUGCCGCCGCGCGGCGCCCCGCGCGGCCGCUGCCGCCCUGCGCGGCAGUAGCUCGAUGGUACACGAACUGGGCCAGCGCUUGAAGAAGCUCUACGAAGCAAAGCCGGUGGAACCACAGGACGUGAAGGGGAUUCAGAAGGAUCAGGUGCCAGCGGCGGACUGGGAGGCGCCCAUACGAGAGUUGAUCCGGAGACACUUCCAGAUGAUGCCGAUACCCAUGAGCCCCACGAGCAGCUUCUAUAUCUUAAAGAAGGAGGUGGAGGCCAUCACGGGCAGCCCUGCUUCUGGGGGCCCUAGCCUGCAGGGACGCCCAAGCCGCGAGAUGAUCAAGGAGAAGAGCUUUUUCCAGUCAGGAGCACGGGGGAGGAAGCAAGCCUCAUCAGGUGAGCAACCGAAAGCGGCUAAGACUCCUCAAGCAAGUGCCUCAUCAAAAGGUCAGACAGCCAAAGCAGCUGACCAAAAGCAAGCAAGUGCUUCACCAAAAGGCGGGAGGGCCGUGCAGGCUGCAGAAGGGGCCGAAGCUCAAGGCGAACAAGCUGCAGCAAUCAAGCGCAUCCAGCUGGGCCAACCACAUCUCGCAGAUCCGGCAGGAGAAAGCGCAAGCUCAGUGGAACAGAGAAAACUUUGUUUUCAUGGAAUUCAUCAGGAUCUUCAACGAAGAACGCGAUGAGUUUCAGAAGCAGCGGCGCUUGAAGAGCUUGUUGCGCAAGGGGCAAGCGAAGACUACCUUCACGAUGCUGAAUCGAGGCUACACUGAGGAAGAAGAGGAGUAUGAGGCUGAGGAUGUGGAAUUCCAAGAUGAGUGGCGCAAAAAGUCCAUCGUGGAAGACUAUUGGAAAGCAGAUGACUAUGUCCAGACCUUCAAGAAGUUGCGGAAGGACUUGGAGCAGCAGAAGCCCUGGCCACGCCUGGGCGCGCGGACAGACCGCUUUGUGGACGUGCUCCGCGACGCUGCUGCGGCGGAAGUCUUGGAUCACGAGCGGCCCGUGCUCACGCAUGAGCUGGCAGACUUCGCGAAUCCCUAUAUGAUGAAGAGGAGCGCCGCCGAGCGCUUACUGCACGAGCGUUGCGUGCGGAACGCGCUGGAUGAGCGGGUGAUGCCGCGGCUGCUGGAUGCACAAGCGGAUCUCCUGAGGCUCCGGCGCGAGGCGCCGAUGCCACCCGAGGUGCUGGAGCCCUUGGCCGCCUUCCGCGGCGACGUGCGAUGGAGCUUCGACAGCCGCGAGCGCUUGCGGCAGAAGCUCCGAGGUAUCAACGUAGCACUUGAUGCGAUCAAGAAAGAGGAAGACGUCAUGAGGUGUUUGCCGGAGAACCAGGUGGAGGAUCCAGCUCCUGAUCAGCUUGCUGGAGUCCACCACCCCUGGCGCAACCACUUGGGCUUCGAGUCGGCCGUGCCCAAGGGGACGGCGGGUGGCAUCACCUUCGGACAGCCCGAGAAGUCCCUCUCGCAGCAGCUCGCGCAGAUGCGGUAUCCCACCCUGCAACGGGUGGCGCACACCUUGCCACGCGAUCCCAAAUACCGAUCGCAUGUGGCUCGCUCCAUUCGAGUCCUGGAGAGGAACAGGUAUUGGGACUACCAAUCCAAGUUGAAUGCCAUCAACCGGAUGAAGGAGACCUACGACUAUCUCAAACCCAGUGAGGAAUACACCGAAGCUUUAGAUGAAAAGCUCGUGGUGAACCGUGUGUUUGGCAAAAUCCGACGGAAGUAUGCGCCGGACGCCGAGUAUGUGAAGACCUAUCCGAAGAAUUUCUUGAAAGAAAAGAGCUACUACUGGUACAGGCCCAGUCUGUUUCCUCAAUCAAAGAUCAGCAGCAAGAAGAAGCCGAACCGCUCCUGAGUAUACCUUCUUGGGCUUCGUGGAAUGCGCGGGGUGCAUCACUGCGCAGGGUUCUCUUGGUCCAAAGGCUUUGGUGCAGCCAACGUAUCCCAAAUUCUCACACCUUACUGC